AUGGGUAUCCUUCCGAGCCAUUCAAGGUCGGAGGAUUUUCACCCUUUUUGAUGAAUCCUUCCACGACUUCAAAAACUUCUUCUUCAAGGUUCAAGCUGUAGAGGGUCACCACCCCUUUUUUCUGGACGAGCAUUCAUCCCCCCGCUUUCCCCUUUAUUGGCUGCCGGCCACCCCUUGUGAAAAAAUUGGUCUAGAUGACCUAGACGAGGUGAAGGCGGCCAUUGUAGGGUUUUUCCGAGAAGCAUGGGGGAAGGCCCCAUACUUGGAUACGAGAAAAAUCCUCCAGGGGACGUCGGUAUUUGUUCAAUCUUGCAUAGAUAUGGCAAAGAAAAAUGCUCAAGAGUCCUACCAGAGGGUGCAGGAAGCCAAGGCAAAGUCUCGAGCCAGGUCCGGGGGUUCCAAGGCGGUCGUCUCUCCUCCUCCUCCUCCUCCUCCUAGAAAUGUGGGUACUCCCUCUCAGCCUAUUGUUAUUUCCUCCUCCUCAAAUUUGGCUCGACCACUCCCUUCUGCCCAACCGUUCUCCGAGCCAGAGAGUAAGAAGCGCAAGACUUCAGAGUCUGGCCCUUCUUGGGAAGGUGGUGUUAGGGCGGAGGCUCUUGCCUUCGUCCGAAAGAACAUCUAUCCACUUAUCAAUAUGGAUGAUGUUUCUGUUCGGAAACACCUUGCCACUCUGACCGAAGAAAGUUUUAGGGCGGCGGGAGUUUGUGGCAAACUUUUGGACAUGUUUGAGAAGACUCCUCUUAGCUCUCUGGGGACUUCCCCAAAGGUCGAGGAGCUGGAGGAGAGGCUUCUUAUGUUUGAAAAACAUCAGAAGGAGUUAAAGGAGGAGAGGGAUAAGUUAAGGAAGGAGAGAGACGACCUCCGGAAGAAGGAGAGCGAGCUGCGAGCCCAAUGUACUAUGGAGGUAAAUUUAAGGAAGGCAGCCCAGGAGAGUUACCAAAGCCUAUUUAAAGAUAUGGUGGAGGUGAAGAAGGAUUUGCUGAACUCUCGGACUGCUUAUGCUGACUUGGAGGACUCUAUCGCCGAUGGCGCCGAGGAGUCUUGGAGAAUUUUCCUAGAGCAGGUCAGGGUUAUAGCCCCCGACUUGGAUCUUUCUCCAUUACAUCCUGACAAAGUGGUGAUUGAUGGCGCCAUUGUUGAUCCUCCUGUUCCCGAGGUCCUUUCAGAGUCAGACCUAAAGACUCGGGGGCAGAGGAUUAUAGAGUCUCCUCCUCAUUCCAAAGAUGCUCCGAGUUCUUCUACUCCUGCUCCGACUUCCUCUUUAGCUCCUCCUUCCAGCCCUGGUGAUGUUCCUCAUGGUGGUGGUGAUUCCAAAAAAUGACUUCUUUAAUUUUAUGGUUAUAUGGGGGCCCGGCCUGUGGGUCCCCCCUUUUUUAAACUUCUAUUUAUUUGCUGGUGGUGUUUGAACAAUUUGCUUCUUGGCCUUUUGAGGCCGUAAACAAAGUAUU